UAAGACAGUUUCUUCAUGGAUUCAUUGUCAAGGGGUCAUCUGAAGAUGGAAUUCAAUAUUCCUCAACUGACAGUGGGUUGAUUUGUAGUAUCGUUGAGGACAUAAAGCAAGGAGAGCCAGAGAAGCCUACUGCAUCCUCCAACAGGCUUGAACUACCAAUAAAAGUACAGAAAGGGAAGCCCACUGCGUCUCCAACAGGAAAACCUACUGAGUGUCCAACAGACAACUAUCAACAGGAAAACCUACUGAGUGUCCAACAGACCACUAUUAACAGGAAAACCUACUGCGUCUCCAACAGACAAAUACCAACAGGGGGGUGCAGUACACCAUAUUUCACAUGUAAACGAAGGGUGUCGAAUCAACAGAGAACGUUCUUCGUGACAACGGAUUUUUGAAAUAAUUGCUUGUCAACGGUUUCACCGUUGAACACUUUUUGUAUCUUGUGCUAUCUAAAAAGAAAAAUUUAAAUUCUUAACCCGCGCGUACCGGCAAGCAACCCACUACAAAUAACCCAUUAAAGAAAAGGCCUUUUUGAGGCUUGACUCCAAAAAGUUCCGAAUUUUGUGUUCGAACAAACUCUUCCGAGAGAAUACAGGCAUGUUCUUUCUGAAAAUUCCGAAUGAAGGACGAUGCAUAAGAAAGCAAGGAUCAUGAUCGAAUUCAAAAGCACCAAACCACACCAAACGCACGAUACACCGAACAUUCCAUACAAAGAUAGAUCAGAAGUUUCCAAAAAGAUUAAAUUAAACAAGAUCGGGAGGGGGAAAAUACUACGUGCAUUCUUUUUCGCAACCGAACAAAGAUCCUUGCGGGAAAAUGGUGAAACGCGGACGAUGGUUCUCCCCUCGAGGUGAUCCCGUGUUCAUUUUAGCAGAACGAGCGUCGAAAAAAAUAUCGAUUGGCUCAAUUAAAAAGCCCGAGAGACUAAAUUUAGAAAAAGAUCUGAGGAGGAGCCAUGUCUCCCAAGAUGUUCUCGUAGGAAUCAUCGACGGAAAUAGAGAACGCCGAAGCGACGAAGCACCCGCCGGUCGCAUCCCAGAUGAAGCUCCAACACUUCAAGGAUCCGAGCCGCAAAUCAGAGACAAUUCUUAUAUCUUUGAGUCGGAGGGAGCUGGAAUAUCGAACCUCGAUCCUUGCGACGAUGAUGGGCACAACAGCGACACCAAAACACCGGGACCGGCGUCCUCGGUUUCGUCUCUAAGAAGGUGGUUGCAAGGUCGAUCAACGUCGGCGUCGGUCGAAGGAAUUUAUUUUAAGCACGGCUUCGAACCUGCCUACCAUACACUCGAUGGGAUGCGAAAGACGUUGUUUGAUUGGGAUUGGCAGCAGGAAUCGAAUGGAUAUCCACCGAUCGAAGAUAGUCACGUGGGUGCAACAACAAGCAUACGAGAGUAAAUUAGUUUGGAAGGGGUAGGCUAUUUGUCGGUAUUUAUUUGCAGUGUAUGGUAAUGCAAUUUAGUGACAUGGGAUACGGGACAAUUUUGAAGCGUAGCCGUACCAUGAGAAAAUGCAAUGGACAAGGUGUUGGUGCGACGAAGAACCGUCCUAUCUGACAGGAGCGUACAGUCAAGGGGAUAUUUUUGUAACACAGUAAAUAUAUUUUUAUCUA